UCCCUUUGGAUUUGGAAAACUGAAAAAUAAGAGUGAGAACCCAAAUUGGACCAGAGACGAACAAAACCAACCAUAUCAUCAAGAAAAGUAAACACCACACAAGCUGCCAGGAACUUGCCAGCUGGUUUUCUCAGCCGCCCGCCCCUCCGCUGUCUCCGAUUGACUUCAGUCUUCACUUCACUGUACUAUUUUCAACGUUUGUUAAAACAAAACGCAAACAAAUCCCACUUCUCUCUCUCCCCAAUGAGUUGCUGUCUCACAAAUGUCUUUACGCCAUCUUCUCUUCUUCUUCUUCAUCUUAACUUUCUUCCCAUCAUGCCUUGCUCAAACCGACACCGUAUCAUGUCCCUUAAACUUCACUAUCCUUCGCCCGCUCCUUUCCCACCCGAGGCCCCUGCUCAACACCUCCAUGGAGUGUCACUACAUUCGUCAGGGCCUCCGCCUCGUCCUCUCCGACUACCUUGAACGCACCGCAUCUUUCUUUCCUCCCUUAAACUCCUCCGAGGCCUGUUGGCAGUCUUACCAAACCCUCAUCCCAAACUUCAACAUUCGUUCCUCUUGCGGUUUCCAAACCGCUUGGAUCUCCCAAGGUUGCAUGAACUUAACCACGAAAGCUGAUUUCGAAGCUCUGAUCCCAAAUGCUACUUUAACCGGUGUCGUUUCGAACUGUAACCAGUCGUUACAGGGUUCAGCUUGUGCUUCAUGUACUCGAAGCUUGGCCAAUUUGCAAGCUUUGUACUUGACCGACAAUUCAACUGCAAACGUGUCUGACUGUACCGCAUACCCGUCUAUUUAUGCAGCUGCUGUUGCUAAUUACUUGGGACCAACUGAUGAAGGUACGGCCGCUUGUUUAUUUUCAAUUGAGUUAAGUGAUAGUAGUAGUAAUCAUAAGAGUAGUAGAAGAGGUGUGAUUUUGGGUGUAUUCAUCGGGGUUGGUAUUGGUUUAGCUGUUUUGAUUGGUGCGUCUUGGUUUGUUUAUAGAAAAUACCAGGAUUCGAAGAGGAAGAAAAAGCGGGAUAGAAUUAGGAAUCUUGAGAUGGGUGGUUUGGGUGGUUCUGGGUUGGCUUCAAUUAGUGAAAGUACUAAUUUGGUUAAGUUUACUUUCGACGAGAUUAAAAAAGCUACUAGGAAUUUCUCUAGAGAUAACAUUAUCGGGAUAGGAGGCUAUGGGAAUGUGUACAAGGGUUACUUGCCUGAUGGCUCUGAGGUUGCUUUGAAAAGGUUCAAGAAUUGUUCUGCUGCUGGUGAUGCCAAUUUUGCGCAUGAAGUUCAGGUUAUUGCUAGUGUUAGACAUGUAAAUCUUGUUGCUUUGAGGGGAUAUUGUACAGCUACGACCCCGUUAGAGGGUCAUCAGAGGAUAAUUGUCUGUGAUUUAAUGAAGAAUGGGAGUUUGUAUGAUCAUCUGUUUGGCUCCAUGGAAAGGAGACUUAGUUGGCCUAUUCGUCAAAAGAUUGCGCUAGGGACAGCUAGGGGACUGGCUUAUUUGCAUUAUGGGGCACAGCCAGCAAUCAUUCAUAGGGAUAUUAAAGCAAGUAAUAUACUUUUGGAUGAGAAGUUUGAAGCCAAGGUAGCAGAUUUUGGGCUUGCAAAGUUUACGCCAGAGGGGAUGACACAUUUGAGCACUAGGGUAGCUGGAACAAUGGGAUAUGUUGCCCCUGAGUAUGCGUUGUAUGGGCAAUUGACUGAGAGGAGUGAUGUGUAUAGCUUUGGCAUAGUGCUUCUUGAGCUGUUGAGUGGAAAGAAGGCGCUGGCUAUGACUGAUGAGAACCAGCCUUCUCUAGUGGCUGAUUGGGCAUGGUCGUUGGUGAAGAGUGGGAGAGCUUUGGAUGUUGUCGACAAUGGCAUGCCAGAGUUGGGGCCACCAGAAGUUCUGGAGAAGUAUGUGUUGAUAGCGGUUCUUUGCUCUCACCCAGAGUUACCAUGCAGGCCAUCCAUGGAUCAGGUUGUGAAAAUGUUGGAAACAGACAUUUCAGUUCCCUCAAUCCCUGAGCGGCCAAUUCCUCUGGUAGCUCAUAUUGAUGACAUUGAGAGAUCUAUAAGCAGUAAUGGGUCAGGUCAGCUGUCCUGUUCUGCUGGCUAUCAGAUGUUUACUUAUGAAAAUAGUCAUCAUUCUGGCAGUAAGGAGGAAGGGAUAAGUUCAGGCUCUUGAAUAGAAGUUUUUUAAUCACAACAUAACAUAAUUGCAUCAUUGAACAAUAGAAAGUAGGCAUAUUUGCAAAAGAAAUCACAUACAUGCUUAUUAGAAUGAAUUUGUGGCAUGCUGUAGAAGUGAUGCAGCUCAUGCUGGCCUAAGCUUGGACAGAAAAUGAUUGAUGCUGCUCGUGCACAUAUUUUCCAUGGUAAAUCAACAGAGAAUAGUGAUAUUUACGGCUUUGGCUUCAGCACUGUGCUUCUUGAUAAGAGAGUGGGAAGAGUGCAGCCAUUGUGGUUGCCCGGAGCUGCAUCUCAUAUGGACGAAGGAUUCAUCUUUGUAGUUCAGGAGCCAUAGCUCGAGGAUUAGUGAAGAUGGUUGACUGAGUUUGAUGUGCCAGAAGAUGGUUGACCAACAACAUGGUGAAGCAACUCUUAAACGUGAAUUCAAAUGUCUUAUGUCCAUAUAAAAUUUGUUUGCAGCGGUUGAUGUAGAUAUUAAUUUGCUUAGGGUUAUAGGGUGCAAGUAGAGUGAAGAAAGUGUGCUUUGUCAUAUGGGAAUUAUGAAUUUUAUUUAUUUUUUCUUUCAUCAUAUCAAUUUGAUAAUAAACAAAGAAAUACAGUAAGAAAUCAGAAUUAAACUACAAAA